AUGACUUUCAUCAAAGAAAGAAAACACCGCAAGGUUAUCUUCAAGAGACGGACCAUGGCUAGCUCAUCAUCAUCCUCCUCUGCUGCACCGUCUGAAACAUUUGAGCGUUUACUUUAUGGUGACCGGGAGACCCGUCAGCCUGGAUUCAUCACCGAGGAUCCUGCCCUUGCCGAUUCUGCGCUCAUAGACCCUGUCUCGGGAACCACGAGCUCUCCUUACACAAUGUCAACAAAGACCGCUCGUACAAGCAUGAUUCCAGACAUAUUCACACAACUCCCGCUUUGUCGGGACGUUCUCAUGACCCAAACGUCCCAAGUCCAAGAUGAGACGAUACAAGAGUGCCUUCCUUUUCUUUCUGGUCUGGACUCUGAUGUGGAGUACAACGACUUUGGAGUGCCACGGCUCGCUAGAGAUCGACACAUUGCUUUUCUUCAUAAAAGUUUGCGGAGGCUCCCAGCUGGCUAUGUUGCCGCCGAUGCUAGCAGACCUUGGAUGUUCUACUGGGCUCUAAAUGGGCUUGCCACUCUCGGAGAGGAUAUAUCAGAAUACCGAGAGAGAGUCAUCAACACUGUCCGGCCGAUCCAAAAUGAGAAUGGUGGGUUUGGUGGAGGCCAUGGCCAAAUGUCGCACCUUGCUCCAACAUAUGCAAUUUUGCUUUCUCUCGCUAUUGUGGGAGGGUCAGAAGCUUUCGAUCUUAUCGAUCGUAAGAACAUGUGGAAAUGGCUAAGUGCUCUGAAGCAACCUGGUGGUGGUUUUCAAAUGUCCAUUGGUGGCGAGGAAGAUGUUCGUGGAGCAUAUAUCGCUGCUGUUAUCAUCACACUCCUCGAUAUUCCUGUCGAACUUCACCCUGAUUCACCUGCGUGGUCACGUGAAGGCGAUACACUUCUCAUGGGUCUCCCAGAGUGGAUAUCGAGAUGUCAAACAUUCGAGGGCGGAAUGUCAGCUCGUCCGGAUGUGGAGGCUCAUGGAGCGUACGCUUUUUGUGCUCUGGCUUGCCUCAGCAUCUUGGGUGACCCUCAUGAAAUAAUACCAAAAUACCUGGAUGUGCCAUUGUUGAUUUCAUGGCUCUCAGCCCGCCAAUACGCACCAGAUAGCGGCUUCUCGGGCCGGACGAACAAGUUGGUCGAUGGAUGUUACAGUCACUGGGUGGGAGGGUGCUGGCCCUUGCUUGAAGCAUGCCUCAAUGGGAUCAGCUCUUCUGCGCAAACACUGUCCUCAAUUACUGUUGAUGGGAAGCUGUACAGUAGGGAAGGUUUGAUAAGGUAUAUCCUGUGUUGCUGCCAGGACCAAUCCAGGCGAGGCGGACUGAGGGACAAACCAAGCCACUCAUCUGAUUCAUACCACACAUGCUACGUUCUAGCUGGCUUCAGCUCUGCACAGAAUGAUUGGUAUUUCAAUCAAGCACCGCCGAAGGUCGGAUCUGGUGGUCUUCUUACCUCGGCAUUUCAAUGGACAUCCGAACCUAUUAUUGAAAUGUCACAAAUAUUUGAAGAAGGUGACAGAAUCGGAACUCUUCAUCCAGUAUUCGUCAUACCCGAACGCACUGCUGAGGAGAUGAGAGGUUAUUUUGCCUCCAAAGGGGCUUUCUAA